AUGGAGGGGCUUCUCCAGCAGAUGCUUGCAACAACGCCUCACAUGCGGGUGCUUGUUGUCAACUGCAAAGAAAGCAUCCCUCUAACAGACUUGUUGGUUCAGACGCUAAUGAGUCAGUUUCGGGCCAUUGAGGUUUGCCACCUCGUCAACAGUGAGGGUGAUGUCCAUACUAUACUUGCCGAGCUUAUUCCUAAAGCAACACAGCUGAAGGAGCUGUAUAUUGGCAGUAUGCUCGGGUGGACGGACCAUGAAAUGUCUCUGGUUCUUGCCUCCUUGUUUAGUAGUUCUCCAAGUCGAUUGUCCUCUAUUGCCAUAUCUAGUGGCGCGGCCCUUCUUCUGAAGGGAGCAGAGAUCGCGAAAACGACACGGGAGGCCGGCACACUGCGAAGCUCCGAUCGCACAGCGUUUUAUUCGGUUCGACGUAUUCAUUUCGUUCCAGAUGGUCUUUUCUUCCGAGGCCGGCUGUCGGUUAUCGUCAGUGAGUUAAAUAAGCUUUGCUCCUUCUUCCCAAACUGCGAUUUGUCUCUCGAUGGGAUGAUUGUGCUACAAAUACCCACGCGUCGCCCUAGAGACGGUGACGUGGACGAGGCUGGCUCCAACGAUGAUGAACUCCUGUUUGAUGCUCUGUUCAAACCUGGAAAAGUAUUCAGGAGUUUGGGCGAUGAGUCUUCGUCAAUUUUCCACAUUAGCAGGUUAGCCGCUUGCGACUUCAUUGCAAAUGGCGUAUCCGAGGAGGCCUGCUUCCAAUUUUCAGCGGCUCAAAGAUUUAUCGUGCAGCACUACGAAGGCCUCUUGAAGCUUCAGAAUCCCGUGCUCCCUUCUCUGGGCGUUUUGGCUCCUCCGAACUGGUUGGCAAGCUACGCAGGGGCCGUGUUCCGCAAUCGAUUUCAAAUACUUUUCGAUCGCCUUGAAGCCUGUGUUUUUGUUCUUCCUGCCGAUUACUCGGGAAGCCUGGAGGCGCUCUACGAAGAAAGUCUCGGCAUUCUUCGUGAACGCCGCCACAAAAUAAGGGGCGUCGAAAUAAGGCGGACGCCGACGACUCUCCCAGAACGUGCCACGCCGGCUAUGAUGGACCUAAUGAUCUCGAACAUGUUCCAGGACAGUCCCAUGGCGUUACGUAUUCACCCUUCGUUUUUGGCGAACUUUGACCUCUCCUUUUCCGUUCAAAUGAACUGA